AUGAAGCGUCAUAUCCAUCUUCAUGUCGGCCCAACGAACAGUGGCAAGACUCACGAAGCUCUGUCUAGGCUAUCCACCGCAACAACUGCGACUUAUCUAGGGCCUCUACGACUUUUGGCUCAUGAGAUAUAUGAACGUUUGAAUAAGAAUGGAGUGGCCUGCUCCCUGAUAACGGGCGAAGAAAGAAGAGAAGUAGAAGGCUCCAAAGUAACAAGUUGCACGGUGGAGAUGGCACCCUUAUUCCAAAAGCUGGAUGUAGCCGUGAUAGAUGAAGGCCAAAUGAUGUCAGACGAUAGUCGUGGCUUCGCUUGGACCAACAGUAUCUUAGGAUUACAAGCUAAAGAGAUUCAUAUUUGUGGAGAAGAAUCCAUUGUCGACCGUGUGCAGGCCAUGUGUGAUGUGACGGGUGACUCCAUGACAGUGCGUCAUUACAAGAGACUGACAUCAUUGUCCAUGUCUCCACAUUCACUGAAUGGGAGACUAGACAAGAUCCAAAAGGGCGAUUGUGUCGUUACUUUUUCAAGGAUGGACAUAUUUGGCCUCAAACGUGAGAUCGAGACCGCAACCGGACUCCGAUGUGCAGUGAUUUAUGGCGGACUUCCGCCAGAAAUAAGAUCUGAACAGGCUAGAUUAUUCAAUGAUCCGGCGUCCGGCUUUGACGUAUUAGUUGCCUCGGACGCUAUUGGAAUGGGGCUGAAUUUGAACAUUCGAAGAAUUAUUUUUGAACGAGUCGAAAAAUACAAUGGUGUUGAUCAGCAAGUGCUUACAGUGUCGCAAAUAAAACAAAUAGCUGGUCGAGCUGGGAGGUUUAACACGAUAUAUUCGGCUGGAGAAGUAACGACCUUGGAGAAACCCCCUGAUCAUUCCAUAGUGGCGAGGGCAUUAAAAUCACCAGUAGUACCAAUACGUACCGCAGGCUUACAUCCCUUGCUUGAACAGAUCGAAGCAUUCAAAUCGAGACUUCCAGAUACGCCUCUAGCCCUUCUCCUCGAUUAUUUCGAGCACUUGGCGCUCGCAAACAUCGGAAGUGGAUACUUUCUUUGCAAUUUACGGACGCAAAAAGCGUUAGCAACAUUGCUAGAACGGCUCACGUUAUCUUUCUCUGAUCGAUAUACCAUGAUAAUGGCGCCGGUAAAUCCGGAAGAUGGCAAAUUGGUGGAAGCAAUGGGAAAAUUUGCCUCCGCCCAUAGCACUGGUUAUGAAGUACGUUUGAGAGAAAUUGUGCCUAAACCUCAUGGCCAAAUUGCUACAAGCGAGGAACUACGGAGAUUGGAGUCAAUUCACAAGAUUAUUAUGCUCUUCUUGUGGUUGAGCUACCGUUUUCCAAAGACGUUCGUUGAUAUGGAUCAUGCAUGGAUUCUAAAAUCGGAAUACGAAUAUCUCAUCACUGAUGCUCUUCGCCGAUUGCGCUCAAUUCGUCCAAGAAGACGCGAGCGUGAUCGGGCUUCACCAAUGAAAGAACGAGGCAACGUCUGA